AUGGCGAUGACGAUGAAGGGUUCCGGCGCUUUCGUUGCUGCUGCCUCGCUUCUGGUUGCAGCUUCUUCCACCAUAGCCUUAUCCGGCAGUUCCUCUCCUUCCCUCAACGCCGCCGCCGCCGCCGCCUCUUCCGCCCACCACCAGGUUUGUUCUGCUGUGCCAAGUGGAGCUUCUGGAAAGGACAAGUUUGCGCCCAAGUUUGACGGAUUGAGGUUCAUUGAGACUCUGGUUACAGCUCACCGGUGA